ACUAUGAUGACGAGGAGAGCUCACUGGUAAUAGCAGAAGAUGAUAUUGAACCAUCAGGUAGCCACGCAAUGGAUUUGUCUAGAACAGGAGGGAAACGCAGACAGAGGAAUUUGGGAAGGAGAGGUCGGGGGGAUUCUUGUCUCACUUCGGACUCAGAAAAUGAGGUGUACACCUCCAUCAUUGUGUCUGAUGAGGAAAGUCAGAAUGGAUCUUUAAGGGGGGGCCCUGAGAGCCCUGCUAAAGACGGGCAGUCCGAAGUGGGGGUCGGAGGAAAGGUUUUGCGCUCUACAACCGUGUUUCUAUCUGAUGCAGAGGAUGAGUAUGAAAAUGAGGAGAAUGAAGGGGGUCCAAGGGCAAAAAGAAAAAAACUGAAGGGGGAGUUUGAUCAGGUGGAGGUGAAGAAGGAGAGACAGGACUCUGAUGUUGAUCUCGAGUUGGAGGCCCAAGGGGAUCCUCCAGGUUCACAGUCCCAUGCUGAAAUUCCAACCAGUGCCCUCCACUCACUUCCCCUGUCUCUUGCUCCUUUUUCUACUCAGUUCCUCAGCCCCUAUGUCCUCUCUCUUACUCCUACACUGCUUGAUGGGUGCAAGUUACCCCUCUUCCCUAACCCACCGACAAUUACACGCUUCUCCAGCUCCCUUCUCUCGCCUUCCCUCUCAUCACACAGCCAAACUUCCCACUACCUGUCUAAUGGUGGUGACUGUGAGUCCGCCCUGGAUCUCAGCAUGGGAAAAAAUAACUCAAAAUCUGCUUCUUCCUCAUCAUCUCUGGCUGAUAAAAUUGCAGCACAAAAGGGGCAACUGCUGGAUGGCCUUGGCUUGAGGCCAACCUCCAAAGGUCUGGUAGUAGUCCAGGUGAAACCUGAACCUAUUAAUUCCAUGUCCUCCAACGGCAUGAGUCUGAUAAACUAUAACAUGUCAAAGUCUAGUAUCUACAUGAGAGCAGCAGAGAAAAUGAAUGCCACACUAUUGGAAAGAGAGCGAGAAAAGGAGAGGGAGCAGGAUCAGCAGCAGAGGAAGUCCAAAGGCAAAAGGUAUCGGGAUAUGCGGCGUUCAAGAACCAUCAUUCAAGCUGAACAACUUGACAUUCUGUAUGGCUGCUAUUUCAAAGACCCAAAUCCUGGGAAACAUGAGUUUGAACAGAUUUCAGAAUGGGUCCACCUUCCAAAGAAGGUUGUCCAGAUUUGGUUCCAGAACAUGAGGGCCAGGGAACGAAAGGGCGAGGUCCGAUUCAUCAGUGAUGGGACGCUGGCAGCGGUUGGAAAACCUCUAAUCAAGUUUACCUGGCCUCUUUCCAAACCCAUUUUCUCCAACAAACCUGCUCCAAAUAAUACUGGGUGCAUCACAACUACUCCUAUUGUACGCACCCUCAUUAAGACGGAGAGAGAGCCGGUAAAGGAGCUGGCCAACCCUGUUGUGGGGAAAAAAAUUUGCCCAGUUCCUAUCAAGCCUAGGGAAGUUUCCUUAGUUUCCUCUACCACUGUCUCUCCUGUGAGCAGCAGUGCUUCUGCAGUGCCAAAGGCCAAGCUCGAAACCACCAGCAACGUCCCCAUGGUCAAAGUUGUACCCAAAAUGAUCACGCCUGUCCUUUUAUCCCCACCCAAGGAUCCAAUCCCCAUUGCACCGAGACCGGCCCAGAAAAGAAAGCUAGAAGACGAGAGCGAAGAAGAAAAGACUGACGAUGAGAGGGACAAUGACAUUGAGAUGGUUUCUGGGCCAGGAACCACUAACCGCAUGGUGCCCAAGCUGCCCACCGCCCUCAUCAACAACAGGCCCCCCGCCACGACAGUGGUGCCACAAAAACAGAACGGGCUCAGCUACUGGACCCCCAAGGUUCCCAUUAAGAUCAACACUUUAUCGCGAGAACAGCUGGCUCUUCCGAAACACUCGUCUCCUCGUACCAUUCCCCCUCCUCCUACCCCCAGCAUUGCACCAGUUAGCCCCAAUACCCCCAUCUCUGCCAAAGUGGCCAGCCCCUCCACCCCGGUCGUAGCUAUAUCAAGCCCGACAGAAAGCAAAUUUCACUCCAGCCGAAGGCCACGCACACACCUGUCCUGCCUACAGCUGUCCAUACUGCAGUCCUGUUACGAGACCUGCGCCCACCCUAAUGCGAUGGAGUGUGAGGCCAUCGGCACCGAGCUCAACCUCCCGCUCAAGGUGGUGCAGAUCUGGUUUCAAAACACAAGAGCCAAGGAGAAGCGCUGGAGGCUGCAGCAAGAGAAAAUGUCUCCUCUGUCAGGUGGAAAAGUAGACAUGAGCUCGGGAAGCUACCUGCAGUACAACGCUCUCAAAGCCAAUCGUCCCAUUCUUCCGAAACCAGUUCAGCUGACCGUUACUGAAUCUCCAGCUUCCCCAGUGGCGGGUCAGCCAGGGCCGAAGGAGACCCUCACAGGCCGAUGUGACGCCUGCAGCAUCUCCUUUGAAUCCCGGGCAGCGGCGAGGGCACACGUCUUCUCCCCACGUCAUCUUGCAACCCUGAGAACCACUAACUUUGGCCAGCCGACGACGCUGGUCAACAAGAACGGCACCGGCUCGCAGGUCCCUCAGUCCACUCCGCUAACCAGCUCGGGAGGGGAGAUGGUUAUCGAUUCACCUCCACCCACGGCCACCAGCAACAGUUAAAGACUCAGAUCAGGAUUGGUCUGCACACUGACUAUUCUUGGACCCAUUUGGGCUCCUCAGAUUUUAAUAAAAUUUGAGCACUAAUCCUCAAGAGCUAAUAUUCUUUAGUUUUUGAAAAACUAGCUCCCCCAGCACCCACUAUCCCUUGCUCAACCUUCACCGACUCGAACUCCGGUAAUCUAAAGACUUCACCUGGAAUCAAAUACAACAGCAAACUCUUUCCAUGCUGCUUCACACACUCAGAUGCUGAGUGAUGAACUCAUCUCAAUCCUCACUCACUUUAUCCAAACAUGUUUGGUCCUAUUCCUGUGGUUAUAUAUUACCCUAAUUCAAUUACCUUCCUAUGAUUUGUAAAGGCACUCAACUUUGCCAUGCUUGAACUUUGCUAACCUAAAGACGGAUGCAAAAGUGUUUCCUGUUUGCAAGUGGCCAUUUGACGAUAGGCCCGGAAACUUUUUGGGAUACUAACGUGAAAAACUUGCAUAAAUAACUCCCAGUUUUCUCCUGUGGAAUUGUUUUUCUCAUGCCUACGUUCACUUCUAGGGCAAAGAAUGCUUGGAUAUAAUAUGACUGGACCGAACCAUUGGGAGAGCAAGAAGUGGUAUUGACUGUCACCUUUUUUUAUUUGCUACAGAAGUGUGAUCUGAAGAGUGUUGUGUCCAUUCAUUGGGAUAAAAAAAAUAGGUACUUUAGAGAGAAUAGGGCUUUUGAAUUGUCCCCAUUUACAUGUUAGCAGUUUUCAUGACAAUCCAAAUAGACAGGGCAAAAGGAGAGGCUGAGGAAAGUCUCGGCAUAUCGCACUUUUGACACAUUUUACCUAGUUUCAAAUGUUUUUAAGCAUUCUAAUGCAAGUGUCUUUUAUGGAAAGAUACAUAAAUGCAUGUUGGAUGCCUUAAUAUAAAUCACGUGAGAUAAAUUGGUUUUUGCUAGUCUAAUAAAACCUUCUUUAGGUGUGACUAUAAUAUUGUAGAAGAAGCAGACCUGUCUAUGUACAUGAAGAGCUCUGUUCCAAAAGGCUUUUAUAUUAUUGGGGGGGGGAAACAUCUCAAUGCCAUUCUGUACCUAGAACAUAGCAAAUUCCGCCUCUAAAGUUUUCAGCACUCUUGGCCAAGGACUAUAAUUACAUAACUACCAACUAUCUUGUUUUUGCAACACAUUUCUUUGAUCCUGUGGAUUUCCCUUUCCCUCCCAAUGGUAUAUAGCUCAUUUUGAAAUGCAGCUCUUCAAACUUUUGGGUAAAAUAAAUGUUUUCACCAACUGUGGGUGCGUUAGAAAUUUGACAGCCUUAAGAAGAAACAACCCCAGGUAUCUGAAUUUAAGCCCAGGUGAUCUUCGUAUAAUAGUAGUGAAUUGAUUUCCUCCUCAUCUGGCCCGGAGGGUCAGACCAAUUUAAUGGAUUUACGGUUGUCUUUGCCAUGAAUACUCUGCAUAAGACGGGACAUUUAAGUACUCAUUUUAUUAACUUCAAUAUUUAUACAAAAGCCAAUAGAAGCAAUUAAUAACUGAUGUAACAGAUUGUUUUAUUUAGGUCAAAAGCCAAGCCUCUAGAAAUAUUAUAUAACAGGGCUUGGAAUGGGCUGUUUCCCAUACUUUGUUCCCCAUGUGUUUUGUUCUGUUUUGAUACAAAGAGUUAAUAAUUCUGGUCAUGUAAUUCUGUGACAUGAGUUCUUAUAUUUGGAAACCAUAACAAGGGAGAAAGUUGGGUAUUACUAGUAUCCUUAAGGGACUAACGGAUACUCAAAUCUUGAAAGCAAAUUGGGAAACAUUAAACGUGUUGACUGAGAGCUAUGGUGCUGUGUUGAAGGACACAUAACAUACUAAAGAUGUUUUCCUUCAAUUUAAGUUGUAUAUUAAUGUUACUAUUGAUAGUUUUAACAAAAUGCAAAAUUAAAACAUGAACUUUUGUAAAGAAAUAUAUUAAAAAAAAGAACUGAUAUUCCAAAGUAAUCCUUCCUUCGCUUUCUGUCAUUCAAAAACCAAAAAGCAAUCUUGAGGUCGACAGAGAGCAGGAGAGGUGUUUGUAAAUGCAAACUGUAAAGGACAUCCCACAGCUUGACACUUGCACUAGUCCACAAUUUUUGCACAAGCUACAGAUAUUUCAGAUGAACACAGCCAUUUACACGACAUUAAAGUCACUUGGUGUGGUUUUUGAAACCAGGAUGGUAACAAUGUCCUUUCAUGAGUAAUAAUUUGUACUCCUGUUGGAAACUGUAUCUUGUGUUUCAAGCAACCGGACUGGAGUGCUUUAGCUUCAAGACUGGGAUUUCACAAACGCACACACACAGACACAGUGUUGCACUGUCCAAACUAGAUAGGUUUUUAUGGAGAUCUGCUUUUUACUCUUAUGUUUCAUUGUCACUUUGAUUAUCACUAUUGUUAUAACUGUACUACUACUUAUACGAUUUUUCAUUACUACCCAUCACUGUUUUUUGAUUAUUAUUGAUCCAUAAUGGUUUUAAUGCCACCUUUUUGCUCAAAAACAAUAUGGUAUUCCUCUAAUAUUGAACAAUAAUAGUGGCAGUGGUGUUAGAUUUUUGAUUAAGCUUAUUUUUUCUCCUCCUCACUUGUACCUGCCUUUUUUGUGUUUGGUCUCCAUUAUGCUUUCUUUGAUAUACAGAAAAAUAAAUAAAAUCAGUUGAACAACAA